ACAAAGUUUGCACUGAGCUGAAUGAUAGAGCACAUGUUGUUGCACAGUUUGCUCUCACGUCACAUCUUCUGAUUUUGUAUCGGAGGAUCUCCAGCGACUUGAACAUGAAGAAGUUCCAGGUGCUGUUCGUGCUCCUGCUGACGACCGUGGCCACCGACGCUCAGUCUUUCCACCUCGGCGUCUGCCCUCAGCCGUCAGUUCAAGAGAACUUCAACGUCACGAAGUACAUGGGAACCUGGUACGAGGCGGAGAAGCUCCCGGCUCGGUUUGAGAGAGGAAAAUGUGUCCAGGCCACUUAUUCUCUUCUCGCUGACGGGACAGUCAGAGUUCACAAUGAAGAGUUGCUACCUAAUGGGAAGAUAAACUCCAUCGAAGGCGUUGCCAGAGUUAAAGACCCAUCUCACCCUGCCAUGCUGGAUGUGAGCUUCUUUAAAGGUGUUCCAGAUGCUCCGUACUGGGUUCUCUCCACAGACUACCAGUCAUACGCUCUGGUCUACUCCUGCAGCGACUACUUACGUCUUUUCCACAUUGACUUCGCCUGGAUCCUGGCUCGCACUCGGGUGCUGCCGGAGGACGUGGUCAGCAGACUCCACGAUGAGCUGACUGCUGCUGGUGUAGACGUAAACAGGCUGACAGUUACAAACCAGACUGGUUGUGAUGUCAUGACCUGAAGCAGGAUCCUUACUUUUUAAACUCUGCUGUUUACGUUCUUUCAGUCAGUGUAAAAACUUUGUUAAGUGCAUAGGCCUAACAUGGGGCUGUGAAAUAAUCAUGUUGUCAGGAGUUUUAAGACUAUACUAGAUGUAAAGACUGGAUAUAAACCAACAUAAGUGUCUACAGCUCACAAGCUAUAGUAUUGGCAUAUUUACAUCAGGAAUUUAUUUACAUCUGUCAAUUGUAAUUGAUCCGUACAUUUAUGUUUUUGUUUCUAUAAUUAAAUUUAAAAUGAUCCUAUUUAUCAUGUCAGGUUUUCCUGUAUUUCCACAUUUUUCGCUGUUCAAGAUAGUACAUUGAGGUUU